UUCUCCUGAAUGGGUAUAUUCUCCGGAAUUUGGAUCAAAGAUCAAUUGCGAAACGAAAAUUGAGCACGAACUUUAAACUAUUUUAUGCUAUAAUGUAGUUUGUUCUUCGCUUCAAAUGACGAUUGCAACUCUGUUUCUCAUUUUCCUCCUAAACUUACUUGGCGAUGUUACUCCUAAAAGUCGCGUUUGGGAAACUGUGAGGAAGUCCAACUUCUCUGCAGACACCGAUGUUUAUUUCAAGUCGUUUAGAGAACUGUUUAAUAGGACUUACAAACUCCCCAGCGAUUAUUAUCGGAGCAAAUCUUAUUUUAAGAACUCUAUCAAAAGGCAUGCGUACCUCAACUCAUUUUCAGCAACCCCAAACUGUGCAAAGUAUGGCAUUAACCAGUUUUCUGAUUUAUCAGUAAAGGAAUUCAGAGAGCUAUAUUUGACCGCCUCGGUGGCAACAACCCUUCCGUACUCAGGCCUGAAGACUGGGGGACUGCCAGCCAAGUUUGACUGGCGGGACAAGGGUGCUGUUGGCCCUGUGCAGAACCAACAAGCAUGUGGAGGUUGCUGGGCGUUUAGUGUUGUGGGCAUCAUAGAGUCGGCCAAGGCCAGAUCGGUCCAGCCGUGGGAACCGCUCAGCGUUCAGCAAGUCAUUGACUGUUCCUACAAGAACCAGGGGUGUAAUGGAGGCAUCACGACCAGGGCUCUGGGCUGGUUGAAUCAGACUAAGUUGAAGCUGGUGAAGCAGUCGGAAUACCCAUUUAAGGCACAGACUGGGAUUUGCCAUUUCUUUCCUCAGUCACAUGAUGGCGUCUCAGUAAAGGACUUUGCUGCAUAUAAUUUCAGUGGGCGCGAGAAGGCUAUGAUGGGUAGGUUGGUUGCCUGGGGACCCCUGGCUGUGACAGUGGAUGCCCUUAGCUGGCAGGACUACCUGGGUGGCAUCAUACAGCAUCACUGCUCCUAUCACCAUGCCAACCACGCUGUCAUUGUCAUCGGUUACGACGCCACAGGCGAGGUGCCAUAUUGGAUUGUGCAAAACUCGUGGGGAACGUCCUGGGGUAACGAAGGUUAUGCUUACAUUAAAAUGGGAGGAAAUGUUUGCGGUAUCGCCGACUCUGUGAGCGCCGUCUUCUUGUGACUGAUCCAUGGAUGACGUUCUUGAUUUUCAAAGGGAUUCAAGUGUCCAGUACUGCCAUUCUCAUUUAGCCCUUGUAGAAAAGUUGCAUGGAAGUAAAGAAAUCUAAAACACAUUUUGUCAACCUUUUCCACAAAUAAUUUUAUUGAGACGGAUGCAUUUUAUAUACUUCUGAUACAAUUAAAUAUAUUCCUUUAAAGUCA